AUGACCCUCUUUAAACUGGCUCUUCAAUUCAUCCAUCGAAAACGAAUACGAGUGUUACUUUGUACAGUGAUUAUUUUUGUGUUUGUCGUAUACGGAAAACGCUUCAUCAAGAAAGCUUGUAGAGCUUCAUUGCCGAUAAAAUAUCAAUUGUCAAAGAGCACCAACACGGAUUUAGUUCUAUCAUUUAAUGAAACUAAAGAACAUUUGUGUGCUAUUAUAAUGUCACCAUCACUGAACAGAGUGUUUGCUGAUACUCUAGCCAGAUUCACUCGUGUAGAGGAACGACCAUGGCCACUGAAUACCGUUCACGGAUGCCAUGCAUUCAAGCUGCCCACAGGUGAAGAACCCGGGAUAUCUCAAGAAGAAUUGGAAUACCCGCUCGCAUUCUCGUUCAAUAUACACACGGAGUUCGCACAAUUUGCUCGUCUUCUCAGAGCUGUUUACAGGAAACACAAUAUCUACUGUAUCCAUGUGGAUGGAAAAUCCGAGAAGACAUUUAGACAGCAAGUGGAAACAUUGGCACAAUGUUUUGGUUCCAACAUACACAUUAUUCCCGAGGAACAGAGUUAUUCCAUCACCUGGGGUGAUUUUGGACCGAUAGAAUCUUGGAUUUUGUGCGCCAGACAUUUUUUGACGCAAUCCACAGUUCGUUGGAAAUACAUGCUCAAUGGGAGUGGUCAAGAAUUUCCACUAAGGACUAACUGGGAAUUGGUGAAAGCACUGAAGGCUGUAAACGGAUCCAACAUAAUCGAGUUUGACGACUACAAGUUUGUAACAGAACGAGCUCCAAAGGAGCGACCCGCAUUAAAUGUGAGCAAACUAAUUCGAUUACAAGACGAGUUGUUCUUCACUACACUGAGCGCAAACGCACAUUUCAACGCACCAGGUGGCUGCCCAAAUCAUCGGUCAAAUGAUUCUGAUCCACGGGCAUUAUUUAUUGCUAGGUAUGUGGAAUGGUAUCCAAAGGAAUGCGAACGUAUCCAACGUUUCCUGUGUAUCACGGGAGUGAAACAUAUACCAAAACUAAUCUCCCGGCCGGAGUUUUUUGUCAACAAAUUCAUCUAUGACUUCCAACCGUUAGCCUACGACUGUCUGGAAUGGUGGCUGUUGAGGAAAAUCAAGCAUGAAGGUGAAUCUGGCCAAACUGUGAUCGAUUUUGACCCAUCAUUCUACAAUCGUGGCCCCAAAUCCUGUAAACACUUCGAGGAUAUUGGAAUACUGUCAAAUCUUCGUGUCUUAUGA